AUGGCUUAUUUCCUAAGCAGCAAGAGGAAGAGGAAGAUAGCCAUUGGGUUAAUGCAGGUCGUACAGGACAAAGACGAGUCAUUGCAGGAAUACUUAGCCAGGUUCAGCCGGGCGACUCUUGGCAUUAGAGACCUGCAAAUGUCCGCAGUGGUUACGGCCUUGAUGAAUGGAACGCGAAACCGGGCCUUUAAGAUGUCACUCUCCAAGAACCCCCCGGAGUCGAUGCAUGACAUAUUAAAGAAGGGAGACAAGUAUGUCGAUACGGAGGAAGCAGAGAAGGUAACUAAAAAUCUCAGGGAUGGAAGGGAGACGGAAGCUAAUAAGCGAAAAACAUAUGACGAGCAAAAGCACAAUGAUAAAAAUAAGCAGAAGAGUGAAUGCACGAGCAAGGGUUAUGUCCAAGACCGGUCAGUCAGGCAAAAACGAGAGGAGGUCAAGACACCCACCCCUUUGAACAUUCCACGAACAAAGUUAUUGAUGGAGAUACAACACAUGAAGGAGCUCGAAUGGCCUAAACCAAUGCUAACCCCUUCGGGCAAGAGAAAUCAAAGUAAAUACUGCCAUUUUCAUAGAGAUCACGGGCAUAAUACCGAAGAAUGCCUACAGUUAAAGGAAGAAAUUGAGCGUCUGCUGAGACGGGGGCUAUUGGCAAAGUAUGUGAAAAACGAUAAGAGCAGGCAAAGGGUCGAAGGUAUACCCCCACCAAGAGUAGGAGUGAUAAACAUGAUCAUUGGAGGAGUAGCAUCGGACGACGACUCAAAUUCAGCUAGGAAGAGUUAUGCGCGUUCAUUAAGGGUCUGCUCUAUACAGAAAAAGCAAGAUUCAACUAGAAGGGUAUUAGUCGAUGGAGGGAGUGCGGCAAAUGUCCUCACCUGGGAUGCCUUCUUGGGUCUAAAAAUCCCUCAAGAAAGGUUGAAGGUGGUGACUACCCCCCUACAAGGCUUUGGAGGGGCAACGGUGAUACCAGAAGGGACUGUAGAGCUUUCAGUCACGCUUGGGACAUACCCAGUGACAGUGGUGAUCGUGACUAAUUUCUUGGUUGUCAAGACCCCCAUGGCUUACAACGCUAUCUACGGCCGGCCGUUGCUAAAUGCAGCUAGCGCUGUCCCAUCGACAUACCAUCAAAUUAUGAAGUUCCCAACCAGCAGGGAGAUCGGGAGCGUGCGAGAGAUCAGCAUGCAUCAAGAAAGUGCUAUGUGGAUAGUAUACAAGCCGAAAGCCCACCAUCAGUCAUGA